AUGGUGGGUGCUUGUGUCAAAGGGCAUCGCUUGGUCCUGAUAUCCGAACCAAUCUCUGGUUCACAGCACCAGGUGGAAAAGGCUACCGACUCUUGGUUGAAGUGGCAGCUCAUAGUAAUGGGCGGUGUCGUUGUAUUGGUGGCGAUCAUUGUUGAUUGGCUAAAUUAUAGGUCAGAAGUCUCCACUCCAGAGACAGAGAGAGAUUUCGGGAGAAGGAAGUUUCGGGAUUGUGUACGAAGGAACAUGGAAGUCACUGGCGCACGGGUCGCUGUAAAGAUACUAAAAUCUGGUUCAGACCGAGGGAUAAAGGACUAUAUAGCAGAGGUGAAGUCAUUAAGCCAACUUAGGCACAGAAACUUGGUGGCACUUAUAGGCUGUUGUCACAAGAAAGAUAAGUUCGCCCUGGUUUACGAAUUUAUGAGUCAAGGUAGCUUGGGGGAUCAUCUGUUUAAAGAUAGACCCCUGUUGCCGUGGGAGAAGAGGUACAACAUCGCUCUAGGAUUAGGCUCGGCGGUGCACUACCUGCAGAAAGGAGGCAAUCAAUGCAUGAUCCACAGGGAUAUCAAAUCCAACAACAUCAUGCUUAAUGAAAAUUUCGAGGCCAAAUUGGGAGAUUUCAGCACAGCUAGGCCAGUUGACCGCACCAGAGGGCCAGAAGCAACCGAAGCGGUAGAAACAAUUGGUUAUAUGGCUCCAGAGUACGUCCAAAAGGGUGAGGCAAGUAAAGAAUCUGAUGUCUUUAGUUUUGGAGUCGUUCUUUUAGAAAUAGUUUGCUGGAAAUGCGUCUUGGACUCGGAACUAAGAGAACGAGGCCUAAACCUUGUCCAGUGGGUUUGGGAGCAUUAUGGGAGCCCGAGCUUGGCCGGGCGCGGGCAAUUUAGCUUGCGCUGGCGCAAGAAAUUUCUCGAAGUGGUGGACACGGGGCUCUGCAAGGAUUUUGACAAGAAACAGGCGGAGGCCUUGUUGAUUGUGGGGCUGUGGUGUACUCACCCCAUUGCUGCGUCUCGGCCGACGAUUGAAGAGGCAAUGGACGUUUUGAACUUCAAGAAAAAGCCUCCCAAACUCUCCACGCAGGAGCCUAGGUAA